AGAAACAACUUAGACAGAUUAAUACCUGGAUGGUAGAAUUAGAACUGUUCACGAAGUCAUUCUGCACAACUAAUGGUUUAUUAAUGGUUGAUUGCCGAAAUAUCAGAGAUAGCAUCGUUCCGAAACUUGGUUCCAUUUUUCGACAACUUUCCAAGAUGGUUGCAAAGGAUCUUAUGAGGAUGUCGAAGAAGUUCAUUGACGAGGCUCAACAGCUUGUUAGGUCUGUUGAGCAUCAAGCUCGUGUUGUUGGUAAAAGGGCAACAAGCGGAGAGUUCUUGAUUUCUGAGCACAAUUCCUCGUUGAUGAUAUCAAGUUUAAUGAAGUUGUUGGAGAAAUUAAAUGGUAGUUGUUGGAGAAAUUAAAUGGUAGUUGUUGGAGAAAUUAAAUGGUAGUUGUUGGAGAAAUUAAAUGAGUUAAAAGGCAGUGUUUGCGUCAUCCAUGAAUCCCUACAGUUCGUAGUCAUGAAAUGAAUUCUAUCACCAACUAGGUGGUAUUUUUAUGAUAUUAUAGUUACU